AUGGCACCCGGAGCCGGUGGUGCCCCGCCUUCGGGUGUAACGACGGAUGAUCCCCUUGUCUGGAUCGAUUGCGAGAUGACAGGGCUGAACCCUGAUACGGAGGAGAUCCUUGAGAUAUAUUGCAUCAUCACAACGGCCAAUCUAGAAAUACUAGAUCAAGAAGGGUACCACGCAGUCAUUCACUGUCCAGCCUCCCGAUUGGACCAGAUGGAUGAAUGGUGUACUCAAACACACGGCAACUCUGGUUUAACCGCCGCCGUCCUGGCAUCGUCGACCACACCCGAGCAAGCUGCCGAGGGACUGUACAAUUAUAUCUCGAGAUUUAUACCCGAGAAGCGCAAAGCCCUACUGGCCGGGAAUAGCGUCCAUGCAGAUAGGGCAUUUCUGAGAAGGGAGCCUUAUGCCAAGGUCAUUGAUCACUUGCACUACCGCAUCUUGGACAUAAGCGCCAUCAAGGAGGCUGGCAGAAGAUGGUGUUCGCGGGAGAUUAUGGCUCAAGCACCGGCCAAGAAGGGAAGGCACCUGGCUAGAGAUGAUAUUCUAGAGAGCAUCGAGGAGGCCAGGUAUUAUCGGCAGGCAAUUUUUCAGCGACUGCCGUAA